AUGGCGACCGAGGAGGUGGCGGCGGCCGCAGCUGCGGCCCGGCGGAAAGCUCUCUCCCUAUCCCGGCUCCGGGCUGCUCGUUCCCGCUACCAGAGCCUACAGAUCUCCGACGAUGUGUUCGGGGAAUCGGGUGGCGACAGCAGCAGCGAUGACAAUCCAUUUUACAGCACCUCGGCUGGCAGUUCGCAGUCCGACUGGGAGGAGGGUGAGGAGGAGGAGGGGGAUGUUAUGGUGCGGGAAGCGGGGACUGGGGGCAGGAGGCCCGAGGUCACCGGACAACCCACCUCAGAGUCGGGAGAUGGAGAGGACGCGGCGGGAUGGACCGAGCGGCUGAAGGACGUCGCGUUCCCUCCGUACGUCGACUCGGCGGGUCCCGUACAUCAGAUGCCACUAAAUGCAAGUGCAAUUGACUUCUUUCAGCUCUUUGUCCCUGAUAAUGUUAUAAGGAAUAUGGUUGUUCAAACAAAUAUGUAUGCCAAAAAGUACCAGGAAAGAUUUGGUUGUGAUGAAGGUUGGAGUGAUGUUAGUCUUCCAGAGAUGAAAACAUUUUUGGGAUAUAUGAUCUCCACUAGCAUUCACCACUGUGAAUCUGUCCUCAGCAUAUGGAGCGGUGGAUUUUACAGCAACAAGAGCAUUGCACUGAUGAUGACACAAAUGAGAUUUGAAAAGAUCCUGAAGUACUUCCACAUUGUAGCGUUUCGCUCCAGCCAGACAACGCAUGGAUUGUAUAAAAUUCAACCUUUUUUGGAUUGCCUACAAAUGACAUUUGAUACUGCAUUCAAGCCAUCUCAAACACAGGUACUGCAUGAACCAUUAAUUGAUGAAGAUCCACUCUUCAUUGCUACGUGUACAGACCGGGAAUUGCGCAAAAGGAAAAAGCGAAAGUUUAGUCUUUGGGUCAGGCAAUGUGCAGCAACAGGCUACAUCUGUCAGGUUUAUGUUAAUUUGAAGGAAGGAACUGCCUCAGAUGGGCUGGACACAUUGAAGAACAGGCCACAACUCCACAGUCUUGUGGCAAAAAGUCUUUGUCAGAAUUUGGCUGGAAAAAACUACAUCAUAUAUACUGGACCCAGCAUAACUAGCCUAAAUCUUUUUGAGGAGUUCGGAAAAAAAGGUAUUUAUUGUUGUGGACUUCUCAGCUCCAGGAAGAGUGACUGUACAGGACUACCACGGUCGAUGCUAGUGAACCCUGAGAUUCCACAGGCUCGUGGCCAGUACAGGGUGAGAAUGAAAGGAAAUAUGUCCCUAAUAAGCUGGUCCAACAAAGGGCAGUUCUACUUUCUCACAAAUGCUUAUUCUCCAUUUAAAGAAGGUGUCAUAAUUAGAAGGAAGAGUGGAGAGAUUCGCUGUCCUUUAGCAGUAGAGGCUUUUGCUGCUCAUCUUGGCUACAUCUGCAAAUAUGAUGAUAAGUACAGCAAGUACUUUAUAUCACACAAGGCAAACAAGACCUGGCAGCAAGUGUUCUGGUUUGUUCUCAGUAUUGCUGUCAAUAAUUCAUACAUCUUGUACAAGAUGUCAGAGGCAUAUCUAGUCAGGCGCUACACACGGGUACAGUUUGGUGAAAAACUGGUCAAAGAGUUGCUUGGAAUUGAGGAACAAUUCCCCUUGGAAUGAUAACAUUGGCAGCAUAGGUGCCAAGGUCAAAUUGUUGCACUGCAUUCACAGGGCUAAACAACAUUUCACACUCUUGUCAUAACCAUCAAACAUUAUUCUCGCUGUCCAGCUUUUCCUUGAAAUUUGCAGCAAGUAUAUCCUUUAAUUCCCAGUUCUGCCAUGGAACAGCAAGGCCAACUGAAGACCACAACACUAUUUGCAAGGAAUCUGGAGACUGGUACUGCCAUUUAAAACGACCUGGAAAAUCCAAAUGUAACCUACCUUUUGAUGUAAUUACUUCUGCAAAAUUGAAUGAAGUGUUCAACUUGGAUAGAACUGGAACAAUAGCAUAAUCUUUGAAUUGUGGUCUAAUUGUGGCAUUUUAUAUAUGUGGAGAAGUAAAAUGUACACUUUUUUUUAUAUUCAAAUUGUACACCCCUGG